AUGUUCGGGGCUCUGAAUCGCUUCAUUGCUCGUCUCGACGGAGAGCCCGUGUCAAGGCCAGGAGAGCAAGGACCUUCCGACAGCUCGUACGGUUUCCAGGUCUUGAAGAACACGAACAAGGACCUGCACCUGGAGCCGUGGUUCGACUUUAUCAUUGGGAUCAAUGGCCAUCUCAUAGACUCUCCCGACCCAAAUCUGUUCGCGCAGGAGGUCCGCAACUGCGCCGGUUCAUACUGCUCAUUAGACCUGUGGAGUGCAAAGGGUCAAAGAACACAUACUCUCACGGUCCCGGUGCCGCCUGAUGGCUCAUUAGGCCUCAGUCUCCAGCUCGCACCGCUCAACUCUACACAUAACAUCUGGCAUGUCCUGACGAUCCCGUCCCCUCUCUCUCCAGCUCACCAGGCCGGCCUCCUCCCACACAGCGACUACAUUCUUGGCUCGCCGAGCGGUACGCUGAAGGGAGAAGCAGCUUUGGGCGAACUGGUCGAAGAUCACCUCAACAGAAGUCUAGUGCUAUGGGUCUACAACUCGGAAUUUGAUGUGGUAAGAGAAGUCGAACUGGUGCCCCGAAGAGGAUGGGGUGGUGAAGGUGCGCUCGGCGCUGUGCUUGGAUUUGGCGCGCUACAUCGCCUCCCAAUAGGACUGGGCGAGGAAGUUCAAGCGCCAGGAGAGAAUCUAUUUGACGCGGACACUGGACACGUUGCAGACUCUUCGAAUACCUUCCAGCCAGCCCCUGCCCAAGAUCUCCCUCCGCCACCGAUGGUCAACCCGAACAUACCGCCACCGCCGAUGAUGAACCCUAACGCAGCACCUCCGACAGGACCAGCUCCUUCUCGAGUAAAGAAGGGAAGACAUCACGGUGCCAUUUCCCCAAGAGGUGGAUUCGAAGAUAUGUUUGCCGAAGGGGCCAAGAAGAGCGCGGAGCAGGACUAUGUGUCGUCUCGAAAGGGUACACCUGUCGCGCCUCCACCAAGGACGGGUUCUGCUGGAGUGACGCCACAGUCGACUGGCCAGGAACACUCUGAUCCACUAGAGCAGGCGGGCGAGGAAUUAGGCGAGCCAGGUGAGGCUGAGGAGACUUGA